AAGUAGACUUUGAGAAAAUUGUUAGUUUAGUUUUUGGAGAAAAAAUUAUAAUAAGCAGGAAACUAUCCUGCCGGUUGUGUCAUUUAUUUUAAAAUUCAAAAAAGUUAUAAUUUGGAAAAAAGGAAAGAGAUCCGUGGAUAUCCUUUUUGGAAGACAGAACCAUGUUCACCAAUAUAAUGGCCCGAACGGCGGCUCUCUCGAUGACCGUUUACAUGAGCAGUUGGGCCGGGAUUUGGGGCCAAACGGAGGAGACGCAUCUUUUGUGCCGCAAAAUUGGCCAAAAACUGGAACCAUUAAGUGCCCAGAUCCGGCAACGUCUUCUCCCCACCGAAGUAGCCGACAUGGAUGUUGCCCAACUGGCCCGAACCUACUACAAUCAGGGGGUCAAAGGUAGCUUCCAGUUCAUCCGAGAUCUGCCCACUCACUCCACAAAUCUGUUCGAGUGGACCAAGGCAACCAGUUUGAAAUUAUCGAGCCUAACCAAGAUGACUACUAUCGAAGUACCAAAAGAUAUGACCAAGGAGGUCUUUGGAUCGAUUAAAGCACCAACCGAAGGUCAAAAAUAUAAAGUCAAGGUUACGGGAGGAGCGAAAAUCAUACGAUCUGGGAUCGAAGAUGACGGAGGACAUCAUCAAAUUUUUGAAAUUAAGAAACAGAAAAAGUAAUAUUAAGAAAGCUUAUUGUUGAAUUAAAAACAAAUUUUACAUUUCUGUGAAAAUAAAGAGUAUUUGCUAAUGAA